CCAGAAGCCGAGAGACGUCGCCCGUGGCUCGUUCGCGACAUGUCGGCCUCCCAGGCGCGGGGCGCUGCCUCGGACCCGGGGCACGGGGGCUGCAGGCGGGCCUGGGUCGAGCUGCUGGCGGGAAGGGUCAAGAGGCAGAAAUUGGGUCCCGAAGGUGAGCAGAAGGUCAGGGAGUCGGCUCUGCGCCUCCUGAGGGGCCACCUAAACCUGGGUGACCUUGUGCUGGAGGUAGAAGGUCCUCCCGGUAAACAGCUGUGUCUUAACCGGUUGAUUGAUUAUGAUGGUCCUGGGGCCCACAUUGACCUUUCCAGUUCAUUGAUAGGCUCUGCUUUGCGCGACCAAGCCGCGCAGCUGGGUGUUCCAGCGGCCGUCCUGUGCAGCCAGGUGGUGGCCUCUGGCCUCGUGCGGGUCUGUGAGGCAGAUGCGGUGCCCCCUCCCAAGGUGCUGCUGACACCGGACCAGAGGAAGAAACUGUCUUCCUUGUUUGAGAUCGCACAGAAUUUAUUAGCACAAAGCAUGUUCUCCCGUCUUUCCUUCUGUCAGGAAUUAUGGAAAGUACAGAAUUCUUUGCUGCUUGAAGCUGUGUGGCGCCUUCAUGUUCAGAACAUCGUGAGCCUCCAAGAGCUGCUGGAAAGCCAUGCCGACUCUCAGGCCGUGGUGGCCUGGCUCUCCAGGGACCUGCGCCUGCUGUGUGAGCAGACAGAGGCACCCUGUCAGCACGCCGACGUCGCCAGAGCUAUGCUUGCUGAUUUUGUGCAAAUGCUUGUUUCGAGGGGAUUCCAGAAGAACGCGGAUGUGAGAGGAACCGUGGACCCGGAGUGGAUGUCCCAGGUGGCCGUCGCUGUUCUCGAGAGGAUGCUGGCUUCCGCGCUCGAAGCUUUGGCGGCCGGGAUACAGGAGGGGUCCGCAGCACACAAGGCAGUGAGCUGCUGGUUCGGUGUGUUCAGUGGACACAUGUAUGGAAGUAUAAUUUCAACCGAGUCUCCAAAGAGGUUCUUCUGUCACACUCUGACCCAGAUCCUCACCCACAAGCCUGUGCUGAAAGUUUCCGACGCCGUUCAGAUGCAGAGAGAGUGGAGCUUUGCAAGGACCCCGCCUCUGCUCAGUGGCCUGUACCGUAGGCUCUUCGUGGUCCUGAGCCCAGAGGAGCUGGUGGGCCACUUGCAAGAGGCUCUGGAGACACAGGAGGUGAACUGGCAGCACGUGCUGUCCUGCGUGUCCACACUGGUGAUCUGCUUGCCAGACGCACAGCAGCUCGUUGAUGGUUGGGUGUCGCGUUUGCUGACUCAUGCGUUCGAGAGCUGUGACCUGGACAGCAUGGUCUUGGCGUUCCUGGUUGCACGGCAGGCUGCGCUGGAGGGCCCAGCGGCCUUCCCGUCCUAUGCCGCCUGGUUCCAGGCCACCUUCGGGAGCGCAAGGGGCUUCCACGGCUCCAGCAAGAAGGCGCUGGUCUUCCUCUUCAAGUUCCUGUCUGACCUCGUGCCCUUCGAGGCCCCCCGGUACCUGCAGGUGCACAUCCUCCACCCGCCACUGGUUCCCAGCAAGUACCGCAGCCUCCUCACCGACUACGUGGCGCUGGCCAGGACGCGCCUGGCCGACCUCAAGGUUUCUGUAGAAAACAUGGGGCUCUAUGAGGAUUUGUCUUCAGCUGGGGACGUCACGGAGCCCCGCUGCCAAGCGGCCCAGGAUGUUGAGAAGGCCAUCAUGGUGUUUGAACACACGGGGAAGAUUCCCGCCGCCGUCCUGGAGGCCAGCAUAUUCCGGAGGUCCUACUACCUGUCCCACUUUCUCCCCGCCCUGCUCACACCGCGAGGGCUCCCGAGGAUCCCUGAUUCCCGGGCCGCUCUCAUAGAGUCCCUGAGGAGAGCAGAUAAAAUUCCCCCCUCCUUAUACUCCACCUACCGCCAAGCCUGCUCCACUGUCGGAGAGAAGAAGCCAGAAGAUGCAGCCUCGCAGAGGGAGGUGGAGCCCAGCUGUAAGGAGGAGCCGCUGGGUCUGCUCACAACUGCCCUGCGAGAGCUCAGGGCCUCAGUGACAGAUCCCACCCAGCGUGACGCGUUGUUGGCUCAGAUGGCAGUGAUCUCUGAACAGCUCCGCUCCGCCCUGGGCCUCGGCGAGGAUGACAGCGACUUCGAGGGGGCCCCGGUUCAGCUCAGCGUCCGGGCCCCCAAGCUCCAGCCGUGGGAGCAGAGGGUCGUGGACCUCCUGCUGACGUCUUUCUGUCAGAACCUCAUGGCGGCCUCCAGCGUUGCCCCACCAGACAGGCAGGGCCCCUGGGCCGCCCACUUCGUGAGGACCCUGUGCAGACGCAGGCUCCUGCCGGCUCUGCUCAGCCGGCUCUGCCAACUGCUCCAUCACCAGGGCCCGAGCCUGAGUGCCUCACAUGUGGUGGGGUUGGCUGCCCUGGCCGUCCACCUCGGCGAGUCCAGGUCUGCCCUCCCGGAGGUGCAUGUGGGCCCUCCCACCCCUGCCAGGGGCCUGCCCGUCCCUGAGCUCUUCGACAUCCUCCUGCCCUGUAGGACCCAGGAGUCCUCAGCCCUGUGUCUGAAAUUUUGUACAGCGGCAAUUUCUUAUUCUUUGUGUAAGUUUUCUUCCCAGUCACGUGACAUCUCGUACAGCUGUUUGUCUCCAGGCCUUAUAAAAAAGUUCCAGUUCAUGGUGUUCAGAUGGUUCUCAGAGGCCCGAGACCCUCCCUCUUGGGAAGACCCGGCCAGCUCUCCCUGGCGGCCCCUGUGCCUGCCCUCCGUGGACUGGCAGCGAGCCACUCUCUGCCUGUGGAAGCAGAGGACCUUGCGGGAACUGCUGAAGCAGGAGGGACUCCAUUUGACUUACAGAGACUGGUUACAGCUGGAACUAGAAAUUCAGCCUGAAGUUGAUUCUCUUUCAGAUACAGAAAGGCAGGACUUCCACCAGUGGGCCAUCCACCAGCACUUCCUCCCCGCGCCCGCUGCCACCGGGGGCUGCGAUGGAGACCUGGAAGUCGCCUGUGCCACGCUUGUCGACGUGCUCAUGGACUUCUGCCAAAGUUCAAGGAGUUAUGAUCACUCAGAGAAUUCUGAUUUGGUUCUUGGUGGCUGCACAGGAAAUCGUGAUAUUUUUUCCAGAUUGCAGGAGAUGGCUGCUGGCCUGGAGCAGGGCCCAGCGCGCCUCGGCCAUGCUGCUCCCCGGGGCCACUUCCUCUUUGGAGUUUUCUGCAGACGCCUCCAGGCCCUGGCUCGAGGGUGGGACGUGGCCAGCCGCCUGCAGCGACAGCAGGAGCUGCUCAUGUGCAAACGCAUCCUCCUCGGCCUGCCCCCCUCCGUGCUUGUCGGCAGCCCCCGCUUGGAGCAGCUGGCCGCCCCCGACUGCGAUGACUUCUUCCACUUGGUCAACUCGGAGCUGAGAAACUUCUCCCACGACGGCGCCCUGACCCACGACAUCACGGCCCACUUCUUCAGGGGGCUCCUCAACGCCUGUUUACGAAGCAGAGACCCCUCCCUGGCAGCCGACCUGACCCUGACUGCCUGCCAGACCCAGUGCCCCUUGCUUCUGACCUCUGCUCUGCUGUGGUGGCCGCACCUGGAGCCCGAGCUUCACCGCCGCUGGAGGAGAUGCUCUCAGAGCCCGCUGCCUGCAGAGCUGCGGAGGCUGCAGGAGGCCCGGCACUUUGCCGGGAGCGUCCUCUCCCCCCUUGCGGCACCCCCCACACCUGGCCCGGCCUGGCUCUGCGCGGCUGCCCUGCACUUCAUGAUUCGACGGGCCGGGAAGGAGAGCAUCCGGCGGGAGCUGGGGCAGCUGGACGGCCAAGGAGAGGAGCUGUUGGUUUUCCUGUUUUUUUUUUCCUUGAUGGGCCUGCUCUCUUCACAUCUGACCCCACAGGCCGCUGGCUCCCUGAAGCCCCUGGACGUCUGUGCCGAGGUCCUGGGGUGUCUGCAGAGGAAGAGGAUUUCCUGGCUGCCGCUCUUUCAGUUGACGGAGACGGAUGCCGGCCUGGGGCGCACCCUCCUCCGCCUGGCCCCCGACCACCAGGUCAGGCUGCUGCCGGUCGCCUUCUACAGCCUCCUGUCCUACUUUGACGAGGACGCCCUCCUCCAGGAAGACGCCUUCCUGCAUGUUGCUGUUAACAUGUACCUGAAGCUCGUGGGCCUCUUCGUGGCUGGGGAGACUGGUGCGGUUUGGACUCUGGCCCACAGUGGGGACCUCCAGGCCCAGGGCGACCCCGUAAGCCUGAUUACAAACGCUCGUCUUUUUCUGCUGCAGUCGAUACCUCGGUGCCCGAAAAGGAGCUUCUCAGACGUGGCAGAGCUGCUGGGUGCGAGUGCGGACUGUGACCCGGAAGUGCGUGCCGCCCUCCUCAGCAGGCAGCAGGCCAUGCUGGACCCUGACCUCUACCAGGAGCCCCGACUCUUCUGACAGGAUCUGUGCAGGGCAUAGCCCAACUCCUCGGUAAAUAAUUUAUUACAAGCGUUAACGUGGAGCUCUCCGUUGCCCUGAAAAGUGGGUUACAAACCUCGACUGCAUUAGUGGGGAAGAGGAAUCAUUUCUUUGAAGUCCGCCUCUGGCCCCAAGUCACUCUGUUUAUAGAAGAAACUGCCGGUCCCAGAGCAGAAGCCACAAGGCCCCGUGAGCUGUGUGCUGAGCCCCUGCCACCCAGCACAUGGGGUGGAGGCUCGUCGGGGUGCAGAGCUGUGCCGUCAGGCCUGAACCCCCAUCACUGCCCACUGAGCUCGGGGGCGGGCGUGCCCUCAGGUAGGCUCAGCCUUCACGGCCUGCCCCGCUGCGGGCCCAGGCGGGGGCUCCGGGGCCUUGUCCGGGGUCUGCGUCAGGGGGUGCACCAUGGACAUGUGCACGUUGAGGUUGUGAGCCUUCUCGAACCGCCGGCCACACUGGUCGCAGGCGAAGUCCAGCUCCGUCUCGGCCUUGUGCUUGGUCAUGUGGUACUUCAGGGAUGCCCGCUGCCGGCACUGGAACCCGCAGACUUCGCACCUGGGGGCCGGGGGCAGGUGAGCCAGGGCACCGCUGGUGGGGGAACCCCCCCCAACCCCCCACCCCACUUACUGCAGGGGCUUGGCUCCUGAGUGGCGCAUCUGGUGGACCAGGAGGUGCUUCCGCUGCUUGAAGGUCUGCCCACACUCGUCACAGAUAUAGUUCCGCACCUCUGGGGACCAGAGAGGCAGUGACCACAGGCCCUGACACCCUCCCCUCGGUGCCCAAGUGCCUUACAGGUGCCACAGCUCUGACACAGAGCCCUCCGGGCCGCCUGAACUUGUCACCUGGCUGCAGCUUCCUCUCCAGCUACUGUGUACAUUUCACCCGGAGCCUGUUUUCUUGCCCUUUAGGCCGAUUUCCUUGAGCACAAAUUUUUAGAGGAAGCCAACUCAGCAAGGUUGCAUAGAUGACUGAUGACAGCUGCUGCUACUCUAAGACCCACCGCCACGCUGGGCCCUCUGCGGGGUACCCACUGCAAAGGCAAUCUUAACGCUCUUGAACAGAACUUGAACCGUCACGCCCCACGCCAGUGGUUCCACUGCAGGCCGUGCCAGUGGGGCAGCUGCCACACGCUUCCCGCCCCACGUCACUGCACGUCCCACUGCUCCUCUACCAGUACCUGAACCAGCCUCCCAGGCAGGCUCCUCCCUCACUAGGGGCAACCGUCCCCAUAGCACACAUCUAGCCUCUUUUGUGUUAAAGACAAAAACUGCUUGUGGUCACGACCACUGGCAUCCAGACUGAGAACAGCCUGACCCAACCCAAGAGAAUCACUGUGUUUGUUAGAGACACAGACAAGAACACUUGGAGCAAAAACACACAAGGAAAACUGUUUCGCUGUGGAACCGACAAGUAAAUGUGCGCCAACAAUUCAACGGCCAACUCUGAGCGAAGUGACUCAUUUUUACAAAGUUCAGAACAAGAAAAACGCUCUCUUAGGCGUAGACACAGAUGGAACAAAUCUAUCUAGAAGGGGGUGCGGUCUGGGAGAGCUGCCUUCUGUGCAGAAGCAGCGACGACGCGCACCAGGCACGUAAGAGUCCAAGGUAUGAACGCAUGUUCAGAGAGAGAAGGGGGCGCUGGGCCUCACGUGCUGGUGGUGGUGAUGACCAGGGCAGGGCACUGUCUUCACUGUGCUUCCUACAACGGAUGCGGGUCACUUGUAAUCCAAAAAGCACACGUCAUCUUCUUAAAGUAGUGAUUUAAAAAGACACGACGGUAAACCCACAGAGAGGCACCAGGAUUCUUCGGCGCCGGUUUCCCAGGAGGCAGCCCUGUCCACGGGGGCGGGUGGGGGGGGGGGGACGCACCUGUGUGGAUGAGCUUGACGUGGCGCUGCAGGUAGCGGUCGAUCAUGAACACCUUGUUGCAGCCGGGGUGCGGGCAGGGCCUCUCCCGGACCUCCUCGUGGUGCUCCUUGACGUGCUUCUGUGGGAGGGACUGGGGACCUGAGUGCCUCGGCCUGGCGGACACCCCUGGUCACAGCACGUGCCUCCCUCCCACAGGCCCCGCUCAGCACCCUCCUCUCCCCAGAGGAACAGAUCCCAGCACUGCAGGCCUGUCCAGCCUCCCCCCCAUCCUCACGGGCCGGGGCCCUCACCUUCAUGCCGUCAGCCCCACGGUACACGGCCGUGCAGCCCUGGUGAGGACACUUGUAGAUGGUGGGCAGCUCCUCCCUGCAAUGCAGAGCACACGUGGAGCUGCGGCCCCGACGGGCUGCGUGGCCCCGACGGGCUGCGCGGCCCCGGCCCCUCACCUCUCACAGCGCGGCUUGCCCUUCCAGCCCGGCUUGGGCCCAGGUUUCUUUCGAAUUUUUGGUUCUUCUGACUUCUUGGCUUCUUUGCUUUCACUCUUCUUACCAGAGAUCCUGGGGGAAAAAGAGGACACCAGUCAGUGAUGUUUCUGAUUGUUUGCAUAUGCACUGCGGGAGGUGGGUCUCCUCAGGCCUCCAGGGCUAACCUGCUUCAGUCCCCGUGCUGACUGGCUGGCCCUCAAAUUGACCCUUGGCCGCCAAAGCUAGAACAGCUCUUCGGGGAGGUGGAGGCGCUGCACUGCCCCCUCGGGACACAGGAGUGGGCCUUCAUGACAACUUUCACUCCCUGUCUGAAAUAUCAACACCAUAAUUUUGGAGACAGCAUGGAAAAAGGUGGGGCAGGGGAGACUCGGGGGUCAGUCCCUCAACAAAACUAUCGUUAAGCUAGAAAAGAUCAGGAUCCACUCUUCUGGAACCUGCUGGGAGACUCAGGGCAGCCAGGAGAGAGCUCUGCGCCCACUGCCGUCCCCCACUCCACAGCCCCUGGGCAGCGGGGACCUUGUCCUCCACACAUGGGGUCAUGCAUUUCAGCCAGUCUCGCAGGCCCCAGAGGACCAGGCCAGACACAGUAACUUCCCCCCGCCCUGUGGUGUCCUUCAAAGACUUAAAGAUACAUGCACACUUUUCUUUCUAGAUCCAGGAGUUUAAGGAAAUCUGUCAGGAAUAGAAGGAAACUUCUAGGGCCAUAGCAACAAGCCCACAGCUGACACCAUGCUCGGUGGUCAAAGACUGGAAGCUUUUCCUCUGAGAUCAGGAACAGAGAGAGAGGGGGUGGUGGGCCUCACGUGCUGUUGGCGGUGAUGACCAAGCAAGAACAAGACAAAGAUGCUCAUUUUCACCACUUCUCAACAGAACACUGGAAGUCCUAGCCACAGCAAGUAGGCAAAAAAAAAAAAAAAAAAAAAAGAAAA